AUGGAUAGUUUCUCAGGGUCAACAGACACCCGUAUUUAUUCCAGCAACUGUCCUGUCGGUAGUUGUCACGAUUGGUCUCGCGGCAUUAUCGACCCUGGAGAACAAUCGAUCUAUACGUCCCUCAUUAGUAAUAUGCACCUAUCUUCUCCUUUCCACGAUAUUGGAUUUAGCUCAGGCAAGAACUCUUUGGUUGCAACAUGGAAACACAGCAUUGUCGACAUUAUUCACAUGAAAUACCCUCCUGAAGCUUUGGCAGAAGUUAUAAAUACGAGUCUUUUCUGGUGGCUUAAUACACUUAUCCAAAAUGGUCACAGGAACUUACUCAGUCUUGGUGAUCUCUUUGACACCGAUGAAGCCUUGUCAUCUUCUUCCCUAGAGACAAAGAUGCAAACUGCAUGGCGAAAUCAAUCGUCCAAUAGAAAAUAUUCCCUCCUCUUCGGUAUUCUCACUCCUUGUGUGCUUCAUCAUGAUAUUGCUACGUUUCCGGAUGGCGAGGAAAAAAUGAUCGGUAGUGAUGGGGCUACUUUGAGUGGUGGACAGAAACAGAGAUUGGCACUGGCACGCGCAUUAUAUUCCAGAAAAGAGUUACUUUUGAUCGAUGAUGUUUUCAGUGGACUAGAUUACAAGACAAGUAAGGCUGUAUUCCGCAAGAUUUUUGGUCCAGAAGGACUAUGCAAGUUGCAUAACAUGACUGUGGUUCUUGCCACACGCGCGGGUAAGGGCAAACUAAAACUCAAUCGAACAUCUGCAAUCUGCCGACAACGUUAUUGUGCCUCUAACCAUGGCACCAUUCUCGAACAGGGAAACUUUCGAAAACUGCGAGGAAAUAAUGAUAGCUAUGUCAAAGACUUGAUAUUGCAUGAAAAUCCAGACGAGAAAUCAGCCGAAGACUCAAUCACAGGAACCACGAACAAACCACAAAUCAAACCAGAAUCAUCCGAACCCAACGACAUAAAUCGUCAAGCUGGCGAUUUCAGUGUCUACUUCUACUUCGGUAAAUCCGUAGGCUGUAUCUAUUUCUGUCUCUUCAUCGGAACCGUACUUUCAUACACAUUAUCUAGCGAAUUCCAAGCUGUUCUCCUAGAACUAUGGUCCAAAUCAGAGAUUCAUCAUUCAAGUAUCUAUACAAAUCUAUACAUGGGUUUGUACGCCAUGCUAUCCAUAUUAGCCUUAUGUGGAAUCGGUGGAUUGCUAUGCGUCACAUUGUUAUUCGCAGGUCCAUAUGCAUCUAUCAAUCUUCACCGCGUACUUUUGCAUACCGUCAUGAACGCGCCGUAUUCCUGGUUUCCCGCAAUUGAUAGCGGGGUCACGCUGAAUAGAUCCAGUCAAGAUAUGAGUUUAAUCGACAUGGAGCUGCUGAUCGGAAUCGUCGACACAUUUGCCGGUUUCUUCAUGGCACUCGCUCAAGCAAUACUUAUCGCCACUGGCGCCAAAUACAUCGAAAACACUCAGCGGACUCGCGACGAUCCGCGCUUUUGGAUGGCAAAUCCAUUCCGCGGAGAAGAAUCGAGGACGUCUAGUUCUCUCCAAAAACCUUACUAUUUACUAUACUGUAUACAGAGAUGGCUGAAUCUGGUUUUGGAUCUCAUCAUUGCUGGUAUUGCUAUUCUUCUCAUCACUUUUGCAACACAGAUGCGCGGGACGACCAGUGCAGGGACUCUCGGUAUCGCUUUACUAGAAACUGCUAUUGGUGCUGUAGCUAGAGUCAAGAGUUUUGAAGCGAAUACUUUUAUCGACGAACCUGCUGUGCGGGGUAACUCAUUUUGUAUCGAGGGUGGCACGAAGCUAGGUAUAGUUGGACGGACUGGAUCUGAGAAAUCAUCUCUCACAUUAGCACUCUUCCGCAUGCUUGAGUUAAAAACAGGAGAUAUCCUCAUCGAUGAUAUCUCCAUAUCUACUCUCCGCCGUGAUUCAGUACGCCGUUCCUUCAUCACCAUUCCCCAAGAACCUUACUUUCUAUCUGGUACUGUCGGCUUUAAUGCCGAUCCAUUUCAUUCUCGAGACACCAAAGCAAUCCAGACUGCGCUUGUUCGUGUUGGACUAUGGGACAUAGUAUGCGAUAACGGAGGUUUAGAAGCACCUAUGAAUGCAACGCCUCUUAGUCAAGGCCAACAGCAACUUUUCUGCAUCGCGAGAGCAUUAAUUAGGAAAAUGGCGUUGGGAAAUAAGGAUCAUGGAAUUCUGGUGCUCGAUGAGGUGACGAGCAAUGUUGAUUCUGCUAGUGAAGAAAUCAUGUUGAGGAUUUUGGAUGAUGAGUUUAAGGGCUGGACAGUACUUGCUGUCGCUCAUAGAUUGGGAACGAUUAGGAGGUACGAUAGAGUUCUGGUUCUUGAUAAGGGGAGUGUGGUGGAGGAUGGAGCGCCGGAGGAUUUGAUCCGAAAAGAGGCAGGGCUAUUUAAGGAACUAUGGGAGAAUGGAUUUGGGAGACAGAGUACAGUGUAG